UCGCCCAUAUGUUAUUUUUUAGAUUAUAGCUAGCAUGAACAUAACAGCCGCCGGUAAAGUUGAAGUUGUAGAUUGGAAAUCUAUAACAAUUGUGUAUAUACUGUUUGGCAUUUUGACACUAUUGGGAAAUGUUUCUGUGAUUUACGCUUACUUUAAACUGAAAACAUUAAGGACGCUCACCAACAAGUUCGUUGCAUCUUCAGCAGUUUGUGGAGUGGUUAUAUCGGUUUUCUAUGUACCAUUUUACCUCGUGUUCGAUAAACUGACCAGCUCAAUAUCUACUCUUGCUGCGCCUACAAGCAGCCUUAUAGCCGCCUUUAGUGGCUUUGGUAUUUUGUUCAAUGUUGCAGCUAUUACCUCUGAGCGUUACAUUGCGAUAUCGUACUCUCUGCGAUACCGAGCCAUCUUAACAAAGAAAAGAGUUUACGCAAUGAUUGGUGGCGUGUGGAUACUACCAUUUGUACUGGCUACAACUCCAUUUAUAUUGCCCUGGAUAAUUAAAGAUCCUAUAGAGGUUGAGCUGUGUUUUCAGAUAUAUCAAGGCUUUUUGGCAGUUAUCAUCAGCGUGACUCUUCUCUGGAUUUUUAUAGCCUAUGUGCGUAUUACCCUUUUCAGAAAGAAACACGUUCAGUUCGAUCGUAUACAGAAGAAGCGUCUUCAGCAACUGUUAAUAUCCGAAUCACACGAGCGAGCAGACAGCAACCAGAGGAAUGUAACUGAAAAGACGUUAGGACGAUUUUUAGACGUUUCGUGCUUUUCUAGAAGGCAUAGCUGCUGCAGAAAAACUCAUUCGAAUUCACCGAUAGAUAAGGACUUCGUCAACCCUUUUAUGUCGCCGUUUGAUAUAAAUCUUAAUAUCAAAGAAACAGAUCCAAAUGAUUUUCUGUUGCAUCAAAGCACAUUGAAACACUUAUUGUCACCUGUUGCUGUCGAUAAGGAGGGCUUUCGAAGCAUGAAUGGUGUAGCGAAUAGUACUAUAAAGAACAACGAAAACUCUUUUCUAAAUGAUAAUAUAGAAAGUCAAUAUGAACAGACAACUUCUGGCCAAGAGAACAAAAUGAAUGUUUUGGUUUCGUCUGAAUCUUUGAAACCCGGUUUAACUCUGUUUUCGCCAUUAAAAUGUCUGAAUAAAAAUAAGUUUAACAAUUUGCAUCAAAAGCGAUCGCAAUCUUCCGAACAGUUUCCAGUCGACAGAAUGAUUUCUAAACAUAAGACCAUACAUUUACUGUAUAUGAAAGAAAAGUCUCACAGUGACAGCGAGUUAAGAGAACUGCUGUAUGAAGAUAGUGUUGGAGCACCAAAACAUAAAAAAAAUAAACAGUCAUCUUUUUCCACCACCUGCAACGAUUCCUUAAUAUUUCCGCAAAUCGACCAAUGCGAAACAUUGCUUUACGAAUUUCCUGGUCUAGUGGAAAAUGAAAAUGCGUACGAGAAAAGUCAUUCCAGCGAUUCAAGAGAUGAUGUGCAUGAAAAUAAUGAAAGUCAAUGCGAUUUAGCUGCUGACAUUUUACAAAAGAAUUCUCUUGAGAAUAAUGCAGAUGGUCCAGUACCAAAUGACUUCUAUAAAAAACGUCCCUACAAACCAAGACUUCGUUUGUCGCACUCAGAUUAUGUUUCACGUUCUUGUGUCCUGUCACCGAGAUCAGUUUUUCUCACAAGAAACUGGAAUAAAAUUCGAGACAGCAAAAGAAUUACUGGACGGAAAGGAAGUAAGCAUGUAAUGAUACAAGCGAGGGAAUUUCUCCUAGAAGUAAAAAACACUAAAAUGAUAGCUAUAAUUUUCCUAACGAAUGCUUUAUGCUGGAUGCCGUUAAUUUACAUCAAUUUCACCAUUGCUUUGGGUCGUGAAGACUUAGUCAGUCCGCGACUGAUGGUUACUUCACAAUUUUUGUUCAUGAUAAAUUCCCUUUUAAUGCCGUAUAUUUACGCUCUUUGUAAGAGAGACUUUAAAGCGGCGUUAAAACAAAUUUUGAUGGGGAAAAGAUAAACAUAAAACUUGGGAUAAUUCCAGUGUGUGUUUUAUCUUGACUCCUAGGAAUCUGUUUUCUUCAAAUACCUAUUCAGGUUAAAUUUCACAAAUUUCGCGAUUUUUUUCCCUGAAAACUUGACCCGUAUUAGAAAUCUAAAAACAAUCCUUCGCGAAAUUUAAUAUACGCAAUAAUUAUAACAUCUACAUUUUGUGAUCUGUUUUUGCAGGAAAUCCAAUGGUUUUCUCUUUAAAAAAUGAAGCAAGAUGUGAAAAAAAUUAUUAAAAUAUGAUAGGUCGUUGGGACACAUGUUUCUUCUUCCCACGGGUCUUUUUGUUAAUAGCUUUAUUUUAAGGUUUUCAGAGGAAGCAGUCAAUAUAUCCUAUUAUAUGUUAGUAUUUUUUUAUCUUUGUUUUCUUUUGAGAAAUUAGUCUCAUAUCAAUUAAUUGAAAGGUGAUCAUAUUUCUUGUUAAUGUUUCACUCACCUUCACCUGAGUUCUCUAAUUUUGCAAUUCGUUUUGAUUAUCCAUAUUUUAGUUUGAGGUGUUUUAUGUUCCUUUCUGUUUUUAAACGAGCAAUUGAGUGACAGUGUCACUUUAUGACUAUAUCUGCGUUAUUAACUGCCACUUUGUAAUCCCUUUACCAUAAUAAGACCUCGCACUUGGGGGCUGACUUUAAAAUCAUGAAAAUUGACACAGUUGUAGGAUGCUACUAUAAAACAUGAAUACCCUCUAAAAAUGACGUCACAUGCACCAAUAGCAUGCCAUUUUACCCUAAAUAUUGCAUAAUAUAUUUUAGUUUCUCUUGUGCAACUUAAACUAUAGAAUUUGAUUUUAUAUUGGUUUCAAAUUGGUUUUAUAUGGUGGAGUCAAUUUUUGACGUCAAUGAGAUCAGAAAAGCUCCCUAUUUUACACUUAAAAAAUAUUUUUUUCCAAACUGAUAUUUUUACAAUUGGUGUAUUGAUAAAAUAAAGCGUCAAAAGAAAUUCAGUGAAAAAGUAAAAACGCUAUUAUAUUGACGUCAUUCGAACAAAGUAGAACAGAUUAUAAAAUAUCAAAGAAAAAUUUCCCUGGAGUGGCAAUCUGUUAUUUAAAAUGUAAAAGAAAUAU